UACUGACGUCACAUUAUGCGCACUUAGAGCGACGAGGGGGAUUGAAAAUCGUAAACAACCACCUAUUUGUUUGUUCUCUGUGAAACAAAUGUCGCUGUUUUCAGGAUAAGUAAUUUAGCUACGAGUUUGGCAAUAUGUUGAAAAGGGUACCCAAGACAACAUUAAAGUCUCUAAUGAAGAAGAAAGCCCACAUUCGUGUAGGCAUAGCCGCAGAUGCAAUGGUCGAGCUGAACGUGCUGCUGUUUCUGCAUAGCCUCGCAGAAGAGGCGAGGACCAAAGCUUUUGAGGAGAAAUCUGCGACUAUCAAAGCACACCACGUCAAAGCAGUAUCCAAGAAACUGCUGAAACAAGCCAGAGGGUGAAGUGGAGAGACCUUUCUACAACAUGAUUCAACAACCGAUUUACAAUACUUUUUUAAAAUCACAUUUGUCUGAAUUAUAAGAUGAACCUGUAUUUUGUUUUAUUUGCUUUAGUUUGAAUCUUUAGUCUUUACUUUUCUUCAGUCGCUAGUCUUUAUCUCUUUGCAUUUCAUAUCUGUUUUGUCUGCCAUUUAGCAUUUGCACAAUGCAGAGUAUUUUGGAACACUUUUAUAUGCUGUCCAAUUAAAUGUUGUGUUCUGUAAAUCUA